GAAUGCCAAACUGGGGAGGCGGCAACAAGUGUGGUUCCUGCGGCAGGACUGUGUACCAUGCAGAAGAGGUUCAGUGUGAUGGAAGAAGCUUUCACAGAUGCUGCUUUCUUUGUAUGGUCUGCCGGAAGAAUUUAGACAGUACAACAGUAGCCAUCCAUGAUGAAGAGGUGUACUGCAAGUCUUGUUAUGGAAAGAAGUAUGGUCCAAAAGGAUAUGGGUAUGGCCAAGGAGCAGGCACGCUCAACAUGGACAGAGGUGAAAGGCUGGGAAUCAAGCGUGACAAUGUACCUUCUCAUCGACCAACAACAAGUCCAAAUACUUCAAAAUUUGCCCAGAAAUUUGGAGGAGCAGAGAAAUGUUCUAGAUGUGGCGAUUCUGUGUAUGCAGCUGAGAAAGUAAUAGGAGCUGGAAAGCCUUGGCACAAAAACUGUUUUCGAUGUGCUAAGUGUGGAAAAAGCCUUGAAUCAACAACUCUGACAGAGAAGGAGGGUGAAAUCUAUUGCAAAGGUUGUUAUGCAAAGAACUUUGGUCCCAAAGGAUUUGGUUAUGGCCAGGGAGCUGGUGCUCUUGUUCAUGCCCAAUGAAUCAUUGAUACCAUUGCACUGGAAUGGUUCUAUAGUUACAAGAUACAACUUAAAAGCUACUAAUCACUGUGAAACUGAUACUAAUACCUGAUACUAUUGCUUUGUCUUAAAGUGGGGGUGGGGAAUACUUAAGGAUCUGUAUUGGCCUUGUAAAUAGCCCAUGCAAGCCACAUGCUGGCACUGGGUAGUGCAUCCACAGAGCUGGUGUCUCAAGGAGGUUCCAGCUUAGUGUAUUCCUGGUUUGGGCUGUCAUGCAACUUCUGCUAUUAGGAAGAUGCAAGAGAGGCAAAGCUCUGAGCUGUGCGAUCUUGAGUACUCCCCAGAGCUGUGGAACCCAGUCAGGUGCUCCUCUUUUUAACCUCCCCUUCAUGACUGAGGUGAUGGAGAGGUCCAAGGUAAGGGCAUAUUCCUGCCAGAAUGAUUCAUGGGCUGGUGAUUCCCCACCGUCUUCAACUGUUGUACAUUUCUAAGCCUUAAAGCGCAUUCUUUCAUGCACUGUCAAUUGAUUUUAAUAAAGCUUUGUAUUUAGAAGAUGGUGUGUUGAAAAGUCUCCAGGGAAAACUGCUCAGUUUUCACUGCUUACUAGCUGCAGCUGUAUAUUGCUUUCCCUAAGGUAUCUGAAGUGCGGUAUGAGAGUUCUUGUUGCCCAAACAACAAUUUUGUGAUGUCAUGGGAAAAAUUGUGUAACAAUCUAUUAAUCCAGUCUAGCCUGGUAUGUUAUUGGGGGUUCACAAUGUAUAAGUCCCAAAACGGGUUUUUUUUGUUUUUUUGUUUCUUUCCCUGGUGAGAGGCACACAACUUCGACAAUAGAUGUGAGAUGCCUAAUUUCCUUAUAGGGAUAUAACUUGGUUGCAGCAAAAACUACAUCAUCAUGUGUAGUUGAUACAUGUAUCUAUACGAGCAAGUGUGUGUCCAGCAAGAAGAUACAUGCUUUGCACAGAUGUAACUUGAAACACCUUUUUGGCAUUAAAUGCAUCUAUCCCAAGAUUAAAGAAUGAAAACAGUAGCAUUUUCUGCUUAAUGUUUGGUUCUGGCAGCCUGAGGUGAAUUGACUGAUUAGCCUAAGAAUCUAAUUAUAUGUUGAGAAAUUAAAUGAUAUAAUUUCUUUCCAA